CCGAGUCUCAGGGAGGCGGGUGCCGGGGCAGUGCAGCCUAGGAGAGGAGUUCUGGGCGAGGGCCGCAGGCGUGCUGGCCCGGCCAGACCGUGUCUCCCCGCCCUGUGAGCCUCCAGAGCCUGCCAGGUCCGGAAGCCCUGGUGUCCGGCCCGAUCCUGCCAGUGUGUUACUGUCAUGGCCGUCGUCGCGGGUGUGCGAGUCUUUGGGUCGAAAGGUCCCAGCUGGCUCCGGUGCGGCCGGUGGGCCCCGCUCUCCGCGGGCUUCUGCAGCCCGGGAGCGGCAGCGACCCCGCGGCGGGAGGCGGAGGCGCCGCGGCCCACCAGCAGCCGGCAGCGGGACGGCAUCAGGAACAUUGUCUUGAGCAAUCCCAAGAAGAGGAAUACGCUGUCACUCGCAACACUGAGAUCUCUCCGAAGUGACAUUCUUCAUGAAGCCGAGAGCAAAGACCUGAAAGUCAUUAUAAUUUCAGCCGAGGGCCCCGUAUUUUCUGCUGGGCAUGACUUGAAGGAGCUGACUGAUGAGCAGAGCCCUGAUUAUCACACUGAAGUGUUUCAGACUUGUUCUGAGGUGAUGAUGCUGAUCCGGAGCCAUCCUGUCCCCAUCAUUGCCAUGGUCGAUGGCUUGGCCACAGCUGCUGGCUGCCAGCUGGUUGCAAGCUGCGAUAUUGCUGUGGCGAGUGACAAGUCGUCCUUUGCCACUCCUGGGGUGAACGUCGGGCUCUUCUGCUCCACCCCUGCAGUUGCCCUGGCGAGAGCCGUGCCCAGAAAGGUGGCCUUGGAGAUGCUUUUUACCGGGGAGCCCAUUUCUGCUCAAGAGGCUUUGCGCCACGGGCUGAUCAACAGAGUGGUGCCAGGGGAGCAGCUGGAGGCAGAGACCAUGAGAAUAGCGAGGAAGAUCGCCUCCCUGAGCCGCUCUGUGGUAGCCUUGGGCAAGGCCACUUUCUACAAGCAGCUGUCCCAGGACCUGAGGACAGCGUAUGUCCUCGCCUCCCAGACCAUGGUGGACAACCUAGCCCUGCGGGAUGGGCAGGAGGGAAUCAAGGCCUUCAUUCAGAAGAGAAAACCCAGCUGGUCUCAAUGAGCCACAAGAAGAAGGGCGGCCAGUGGGCAGCACUCAGGAAGCCCCCAGGUCCCAGCGCCCGUCUUCCCCCCCCCCCAGCCACACCGCUGCCUGUUGGCUGGAACAGAAGUCAGCUGUUUUGGUAGCAUCGACAUCGGUUUCAUUCCCUGGGAAAAGGAGGAAGAAAGAGUAAAUGAAUCACGAGCUCUCUGGUAGGUCAGCGUGCACUGGAGUGGGCCAGCUGUGGCAGAAGGCCUGGUAUCUGACAUAGUCCUUCACAGCCCCUUAAAGAGAGGGGCUACUUGCACCCAGGCGGCAAUCAAGCGAGGCGUGAAGGAAGGUUGCCACUCUCCUGGUCAGCAGCAUCCUCCAAAGCCAGGCCAUCCUGGUUGCUCAUGGCAGUGCAACAUUUCAAAUCUCUCUGAGGUCUUUUCCGCACCGAAAUUCUCCUUGAUUCUAUUGGAAAAUAAUCAUGCCUGUGGCUUUGAAAUAAUCUUAUGUGAUUUGAAUAAAUUAAAUAUUUAUAGA